AUGGCACCAAAUAUGAUAACCUUGCUAGGAUUAUUCUUUAUCAUCUCGAAUUUGCUAGUUGUAUUUUACUAUGAUCCAUUUUUGAAUUCAAACCAGCCAAGAUGGUGCUAUUUCUUUUAUGCCUUUGGGUUAUUUAUGUACCAGACAUUUGACGGGUGCGAUGGAAUACACGCAAGGCGUACUGGGCAGAGCGGUCCAUUGGGUGAAUUAUUUGACCAUUCAAUUGACGCUAUCAAUACUACAUUUGGCGCUUUUAUUUUCGCAAGUGUAAUGAAGAUGGGGUACGGAGGCUUGCUCAUGCUUUCGCAAUUUGCUUCAGUUUGCAACUUCUACACUUCAACUUGGGAGGAGUACCAUACUCACAAGUUGUUUCUUUCAAAAUUUUCCGGUCCCGUUGAAGGGAUUUUGAUGAUUUGUGGAAUAUAUGUGUUAACAGGGAUAUUUGGGCCAGAUAUUUGGAAUGUCGAUUUAUUCAAGUUGAAUUUAACUUCGUUUGGUUAUGAUAUUUAUAAGAUCAAUAGUUCGUUGAUCUAUGUUGUUGUUGGGUUGGGCUCAUUGUACUUUAACAUUAUUUCAGCAAUGCACAAUGUUGCAAAGCAUUAUCAACAAAAGGAUGGCGAGGAAACCAAAAAAUCGAAAACUGAAAUUGCCAAAGCUUAUGAAGGACUAUACCCUUUUUUUAUCUACUAUGGGGUGAUCAUUGUAUUUGCUUGGGUUUAUCCACAAACGGUUUCAGAAAAUGGGUUCUCCUUGGUAUUAUCUAUUGGGUGCACAAUCGCAUUUUCUGUAGGCAGAAUCAUAUUGGCUCAUUUGACAUUACAAGAGUUUCCAUUCAUACAAAUCCCCAUGUUCAUCCCCUUGGCACAAUUGAUUAUUAGCAAAGUGCUUGUGGGCGUGUUUGAUUAUAACCGGUCAAGUGUGUUGAACUCGGUUAGUUGGUUAGGUUUUGGAGUCACUUUAGGUAUCCAUGGAAUCUUUGUGGGGGAAGUUAUUACUGAAAUAACCCAAUACUUGGAUAUCUAUGCAUUGUCUAUUAAGCAUAAAAGGGCAUAA